AUGACUGGUACCCGGCAGGCAGAGUCAGUUCGAGGGGUGGGAUUUGUGCUGGGCAGGCGUCCUCAGCUGUUCAUCUUCUCCGUGCUUUGGUCCGACGGCAGCGACAGCCUCAUCUACAGGACCUUCCAGGAGUUCCGCCAAUUCCAUAAAAGGCUGAAGAAAACUUUUCCCUUGGAGGCAGGUUUGCUGAAGAGUUCAGACUGUGUCCUCCCCAAGUUUCAAGAUGCCUCAGUACUUCUCCCCGGUGGAAGGACACGGAGGGGACUGGCCAGGUUACGGCUGCUGGAAGCUUAUUCUCAGAAACUUCUGGGGGCCACAGAGACAGUGUCUCGAAGUAAAGUGGUCACUGGCUUUUUCCAGCCCCAGCCUGGGGACCUGGAGCCUGUCCUGCCCCAGAACAGUGUCUUACCCUGCUUAUCUCGGAUCUUUCCUCAAAGCCUGGUGAUCGUGCCUUCCCCUUGGGAGAAGCCAGCACAGAGUGCAAAGAAGCCCCUGGCUCUAGAACCAGACAUCCACACCCUGGAAGCCCAGACUUUCCGGUGCCUUGAUAACUUCAGCACUCAGGACACCAGGGGCAGGCCCUUUAAGGCUGGAGCUGGAGAAGAGUUAGAUGUGUUGCUUAAAGAACCCACAGGCUGGUGGCUGGUGGAGAAUGAGGACAAGCAGAUAGCUUGGUUUCCUGCACCCUACCUUGAGGAGACAUCUCCAAAAGAGGGAUGGGAGAAGAUGCCCCAGAUACCCUGCAAUGGGCUGCCGUUCUGUACCACCGGAGCUUACGAAAGCAGCCGGGAGGACGAGCUGUCUGUACCUGCGGGGGCCCGCGUCACUGUGCUAAAGCAGUCCGAGUGCGGCUGGUGGCAGUGCAGGUGUGUAGGGAUGCAGGCUGGACUCAUACGGGCAUGGGAAGGAGAAGAGAGAGUGUCGCCCCACCCUCCCCAAGCCCGUGUGUACAUGCGCAUAAAGAGCCCCCUGUUCCCGCAGGUACCGCGGCCGCCUAGGGCUGUUACCAGCCGUGCUGCUCUGCCCAGACCCAGUGAACGCUAGUGGGCUGG